UUGCCUAUAGACCAACCAGAUGAUGGUUCACAAAUGAGAGAUCUCCUACGUGUACACCCGAGUGAUACUGACAUGGUUACUGAAUCGGUUGACAUGUAUGAAACUGAAGAUGGUGCUACUGUAAAGAGAACUGUAGUCGAUUCUCACAGACAGGAGAUUAACAUUGGUGAACCUCCAGAAAAAUACACUGCCUUGGAGAUGGUGGAUUCUGAUGUCCCUGUUGCUAUGGCUACAACAUUAACAAGACAGACGAACACAACAGAGGUUGUGACAAUAACAACUGAGAGGACUAUGACAUCAAGACAGGUGGAGAUUGAAGAGGAAGGAGAAGAGAAAGAAAUAGAGUUAAAACCUCCAGAGAAAAGUGAACUGAGAGAUAUCAUUUCUGGCUUUAUUCUUGGUGGUGCUGAUCAGGAGGACCCUAUUGAACAAAC